AGUCGUGGUCCGUGGCCCGUGUCGCGGAUGGCGAAUGUGAGUUUGCUUGUGUUUCUUUGCUUUCGUUUGGUUGACGUACGCGAGUGCUGGUGUCAGAAAUCUUUCCCAAGAUCCAAUAACGAGGACGCAAGUCAGCAAUCUGUAUAUUUACAGCGUAGCAGCCACGCCAAUGCCGCAAGGAUCACGAACAUCUUCUCUAAAGUUGCAGAUCGAAUAGAGACAAAGUAAUAUCCAGGCGCCAUGAAGGCGGUACAGGAGCAACAGCAGCCGGAAUCGAUGGAAUCUAACGAAUCGGUGUCCGCCUCCUCGAACGAGUAUGCCUAUCGACCAUUGACAACGAAGCACCGAAGAGCCGGAAGUACUGGCACUACUGGCGACGAGGAGUAUACCACCGACGAAGAUGAACUCUAUCCAGAUGAAGCCGAUUGCACGAUUGGCUCGACUUUACAUGCACCUCAUCCAAUUCUCAAGUCCGAUCUUGCAAGAGCUGCGACGGAUCUCUUUGGAUAUGCGACCAAGCGCGAGGAUGAGGAGGAGGAACCUACAAGUCUUUUUGAUGAAGAUGACAAGUUUCUCAACAGCAGUUCUAGUUUAGCCAAAUCGAACUCGCUCUUCGCAUACAACGACAAGAUACAUAGUGUUUUAACGAGGCAUCGAAGUCCGAUGACGAUGAACGAGAAGAAGCCUAGCGAGGCUGUUUUAAACACGCAUGCGUACAAGUCGGAAAUUCAGGUACCUGCAAUUCAAACUAUGACUAAUUUGGAUAUUAGGUUGGGUGAAGAGAAGACAGACGAUGUUAUGGGAGACACAGUGAAUAAGCAAGAGAACGUUUGUGUAUCAUUAGAGACGUCGUCUACUGCGAAGGAUUCGCAGGCUGACUCUCGAGUGAAGCAAGAAACUUCUUUAACAAAGGAUCCUAAUGAUCCUCCCUCUCCUACGACUGCACAAUGGGGCAGAGCUGUGGCAGAAGUAAAAGAACACGCUGUGGCGAAGCUGCAGGAGGAGUUGAAGAGAGCUCACGAGGAAUUGAAAUUGAAGGAUGAAGAGGUGGCAAGGCUUUCGAGAAUCCGACAGGACGUUGAGGCCGAAUUGGAGGAACUCACCGCCAGUCUAUUUCAAGAAGCGCACAAUAUGGUGCGCGAGGCGAACGUGCGGCAAGCGACGGCAGAACGUCUUCUGGAGGAGAGUCGAAUGAAAGCCGAGGUCCUAGCGGCUGAAGUGACGGCCUUAAAGACUUUAGUCUUAACUUCGACUCCAGCCAGGCCAAAUCCACAUUUGCAUCCUCAGAUUGACACGAGAUGUCGUUUGAGCUUGGGUGAUGAAUGUCAGCAAGGUCUUUUUGCUAAGAAACAUCGAAGGUCGCCCUCGCAUUUCAAUCUUAAAUAUGGCCGAGAAAACUCACCACCGGAAUCUCCAGUGAAGGAACAAAGGCCAUCUUUACCAAGUGACAGAGAAGCCUUGGCUAGGGAUUGGAAGAAAGAUCGCGAAAAGGAUAGAGACAAGGAGUGUAAAGAUCUAGGAUUGGAGGUAGAUCCUAGAGUUCACACAGAAUUUCUCAGGUGGAAAGCAAAUCCUUGCGUCGAUAAGAGCGAUCCAUUUGUUGCCAGAGUGUUCAAAGAGGAUAUCGACCUCUGUUUGGAUUUUCCUAAUAAAGAACUCGGUGCGAGAGUUCGACAGGCUGUUCUCGAUGGAAUCAUUUUUAUCGAAGCUGUCAGCGAUAAGACCAAACUUGCCUUUCCUAAAAAAUGUGCUCUUCUCGAAGCACCACGACAAUGUCACUAUCGUAUGAGACUGGGCGAUCAGGAGAAUCAGUGGUAUUGUAUCUCUCAAAUUUGUCGCAAUCGAAUCAUAGCGGUUUGCGAUUUUCUCAAUUAUCUACGUUACGUAGAACGAGGUCUUGUUAAAAGUUCGGUACACGAUGUAUAUUGGGAGAUUACACGACUACGAAAGGAGAUGGUGUUCGCUCGUCUGGGUUUAGUGCUUUCAUCCUGAAGCUUUUUUCUGGUGGAUUUCAUCUAGUCUGGAAUAACGGCCGUAACACGGACCUAGAAUCUUAUUAUGUUUUUUGAUCGACGAAGAAGAAACGACUGGAGAGAGUCGUUGGAGGAUUAACGUAGGAUAAUAGCGUCGAUCGGCAAGACGAUCGAUAAUUGUCUUCAUUUGACACGGGAAGAUACGAUUUACGUCUUAGACGAAACGUAUCCCACAUUCUCUCAUUCUGUAUAUCCUUCUGUCUCUCCCUUUCUAUCGCUAUUUAGUAUAUUAGAUUGCACUUUUUGCCAAUUGGGAAAGAGAUAACAAGGCGACAAUGCAACUGAUCACGGGGCUGUGAAUGAUCUUAAAAAAAAGGCAAAAGUUAAAUGUUAUCAAUAGGUUCCCUACAUGACAAAUGUACAUAAGAAGAAUGAUUUUUGAAUCUAUAUUUCUUUGAAUCUAUAUUACUUUUUACAAUUAGAAAUGGAUACAUUGAAAAUGUUACGGACGUUUGUGCAAUUGAAACACUUGCAAAUGGGGAUAGGACGCAUAGCGAUGUCCCUAAAAAUGUUGAUAUUCGUUGUUAUAUAUUGUGAGUAUACAUUAUUGAUAUUAUUACCUGUAGAUAAAGAAAAAGAUGUUUAUGUGGACCACAGGAAACUCUAGAUAGGUUAAUUGCAUGUAGAUCUUUUAUGUAUUUUCUGCAUAUGUCCUAGACGUAUUAUUAUUACGCAGCGAAGUUAUGUUGAAGUUAGAUUCAUUUAAGAAAAGCGAUAGAAUUGUUCAUUCUUCUAAACGAUGUUAAUCGUAAAUGAAGGUGCAGCUAAUUUAUUUCAGUACCUUAUCUUCCCAAUGUAAUUUAGAAGGUCAUUUACAAUUUGUAGUUUUAUCCACUUUUUCUACGCGCUUUUAUUGCGCUGAACGUUUGAAUUCGUUCGAUAAAUAUUGAUAUUUUGCUAUUUCGAUAUUAAAAAUUAAGGAAUCUUCGAUUUACAUGCUGCAAACGAAGUAUCGCGUUGAUACGAUAUAAUGACUUCGUCGACUGAAAGACGAUAUCGUCUUCCAAGGAUUUAAUUCAUUUUUCAGCUGUUAUGAAUUUAUCGAAUUACAAGAAAAUGCGAGCAUUGAGUAGAAGUUGCAAAAUGAAAGUUAAGUUGUAGAAGUAAAAAUCUAAAUUUAUCUUCAUCACGUUGACUCCAAAUAUUCGUAGGAACAAGUAUCACUGGUUGUAAUGGAGGAAAAGAGAAAGCUCGUCGUGUUUUUAUAAAACGGCGAACGUUUUCUGUAAAUACAAGAACUUACUACUUGCCUGUCGAAUGUAAAUAGACUGUCAAAAUUAUCUGAAAGAAUUCUUGUAUUUAAAGAAGUAAUAAAGGUAAUUUCCAUUGUU